GAAGAAGUUCAGUUGAAGAACUAGAUCUCGAGUGUUGAAACGAAGAGCACUAACGUGCCAUUGACGAAGAAUCGUGAAAAAAAGAAAACGUUUAGUUGUUUGUAAAUAACCAUAAGUUGUUUUGUUACACAUUGUGCCGACAAGCAACUUAUUGACUUUCAUUCUUACUACAAUGUUUCACUCGUGAGGAUUAUACCGUGUACCUACAGGACUACGAGCCCUUUGUCGAGGCCGUAUUGUGUAAAGUUUGUACAGAAAAAGCCACCACUGUGUUAAUCUUCGACUUCAACUGUUCAUCACGGACGGAUAUACAUCACCUAUUCAUCUACACACACUGAGAUGCCUUGCAGAGAAUCAUUCAACAUAAUGUCCGCUGACCUUGGCGAUUACUGCUGCCCCGACCAACUGAGAGAUGAACUUAGCAAAAAUCCCAAGUCCCUACUCCUCAUUGACUGCCGGUCGCAGUCGGAGUAUUCUCGUUCUCAUGUCAGAGGUGCUAUCAACAUCAUCCUGCCAUCCCUCAUGCUCAAGAGACUCAAACGAGGAAACCUCAACAUCGCCUCAGUUAUUCAAAACAACGAGGCGAAAGAGAAGUUUACAAAGAACUUCAAGACUGCCACCAUUGUGUUGUACGACGAGUGUUCCACGGAUUUGAACGUUAACCCAUCAUCAGUCAUCAACUUGCUCCUCAAAAAGAUGAGACAAGACGGGAGUAGGGCGUCAUUUCUUCUUGGAGGCUUCUCCACUUUCGAGGAACGGUUCCCUGAGUACUGCCAGAGCUUGGACCACGAUAACACCAACUCCAUCAUGGGCCUGUGCAACCUCAGAAUUUCCGAUGAGCCCACAUUCGAGGGAAAUACGGGAGGCGACUCGACACUUUCGACGUGCAGCACGUCUAGUCCCAUCUCCUGCCCAUUCCCUGUUCAAGUUCUCCCCUACCUCUACCUAGGCAGCGCAAAAAACUCAGCAGAUCUUGCCCAGUUGCAGAAGUACGGCAUUACGUACAUUCUCAAUGUCACAGCAAACGUUCCGAACAUGUUCGAAAAUGAACAAGACUUUAAAUACCUCCAGAUUCCAAUCUCUGAUCAUUGGUCCCAGAACCUCUCAUCCUUCUUCCCUCAAGCAAUCAGGUUUAUUGACGAAGCACGCAACAACAAGAAAGGAGUCCUGGUCCACUGCCUCGCGGGUAUCAGCCGCUCAGUGACGGUGACUGUCGCCUAUCUGAUGAGCCGGCAGAGCAUGUCGCUGAAUCGAGCCUAUGACCAUGUGAAACACUGCAAGCCCAAUAUUUCGCCAAACUUCACCUUCAUGGGACAGCUUCUGGACUUUGAGAAAGAUCUGAAUGGGGAGAAGGGAGCGGAUUCCGGAGACGAGAUCCUCACGAGCGAUUCUGAGAAACUGAGUCCGACUAGCAGCAACUGCAGUCCCAUUUGAUGGUUUGCCUUGAUGGUGCCAUUUGUCCAAAGCCCCUGACCCCAACCCCCCUCCCCCCUCCACAUCUUGUUGCUGCCCUCCGUCUGUUACUUUGUUGAGUAGUGAACGAGUACUGUAAAUAUUUGGGGACUCUUGUACAGCAUAAAUAAUAUUAUCUGGAGUGCCAGUAAUAUAGUGAUGUAAAUUGAGUGUGGAGUGUCUCUGUGUGUAUGUGUGAGUAAAAAGAAAAAAUCUGUGGUAUGUGGAGUAUGCAUAUGUAAAACUCUGUUGAACUUGUGAUAUCAAAACUUCUAAAGAGAGCUGAUCAAAGAGAAAUGUUUGUUCGCAUACUUGUUGAUACUGUAGUCUGUUGCAGACUGAAUUCUUCUCUUUUUCACUGUUUAAAAUUUUUAUAGAAACUUCUUUCAUUUAUAGAGCAAUCAAUUCAAAUUUUCUUGUUGGUAUAAUUAAUGCCAUGUUGAAAAUGAAUGAAUGUGAUAUUUUGAAAUGUUUUGGGGAUGUGUCCUCUCUCUUAGAGGAAGGUAGCUGUGGUGAUAGCAUAAUAAUGAAGAACAACCCUCAUGUUGUUCUGUUUCCCCUGUUGAUAUUUCCCACUCUAUCAGAAAGUUGUGUUCUUGAAUCGAGCAGAAGAAAAGAGUGCUCAGUACUCUUACCUGUAAAUUGACAGAAGUCAGUUCUGAUGUGGAUCUUAUAGUUGUUGCCAGGUGUCUCUUGUUACUGUUGACUCGAUGGUUUGUUGUUGCCUGCAGGGCUUCCAGCAGAAAUGACCUCCACAGUUGCUGUGUUUCGGCCUCUGGCCACGUCAUAAUGUUUGUUCCCCCCCAUGGUUUAAACUUACUGUGCUUGGUUCCCACUCAACCAACCCUUCCCAACAGCUUUUUCUUUUCUUUAAAUUUGUCAAUUUAGUAGUUUUCUGAAGUUUCUAUCUGUGUUCACCUUUGACUAGUUUCCUUAAUUUAAAAAUUUAAGUGUUACGGAUUAAAAAUUAGGAAAAAUUGAGUUGUCCCUCACUUUUUGGAGAAACUGAGAAGUUAACACUCAUUCUCUCAGUCUUACUUGUGAAUCAAAGAAAAUCUUUAAAGUGUGCCUACUUUCUGUCUAAAUUGUUUCAAGGUGUUUUCAUUUCUCUUUUUGUCAGUGGCCCCCCCCUUUGUAAGUUUGUUACCUUGUUCUGUUUUGUGGACAGACAUUUGUGUCUGUGCCUUGUUGACUUGAAGAAUUUUUAUGAAAACUUGUUGCAGUUCCACGUUCUUGUACAUAGGACGACAACAACACAAAACGUCUCUCGUUGGAGAUGAAUCAAGUCUUUCAGAUUGAAUGUUUGUUGAUGAAUCAUAUUAGCAUUCUUACUUGAAAACAAUAGCCCACUUCUUCAUAUGGCAGCUUGUUCAAAGAAUCAUUGAACUCCUAGCAUGUCUGAUCAGUAACAAGGAUGAAGCCCCUGAUGAAGGGGUCUGCGUUACUAUCACACAUGCUAGUCAUCACAUUGUCAAGUUUCCCUGUUGACUUGGUCAAGUUUCACUCAUGGUUUUGGACCAAAACAUUACUCUUCAUCCAUUCAUUGUGUCGUGAGUUUUGUUUAUUUUAUUUUCAUUUCAACUUUAAGUUACAAAUUUUGAUCCACAUUUGAUUGUUCAGCCUAUGAAAGCAUAGAAAGCAGACUACUUUUCCAAAUGAAAUGACUAGCUGGAAGUUUUCAGGGCUUUUUGUAAAGGAGUCAUUAACUUAAUCACAUUCUGUAAGUUUACAUUUAGGCCCCUGUUGUUUGAUGAACAAAGAUGUUGUUGACAGUCACAUUUCUCUAAUUCUACCAAAACGAAAAUUUUUCUACCAAAGUUUUUGCAUGUAUCUGCUGACUUGACUCGGCUCCUAUUGUGCCUGUUUCAUAUCCCACCCUUCACUUGCUCUGUCACUGCCAACUUUCCUUUUCACUCGCAGAAGGAAAACAUUAUAUCAAUUUCAUCGACCUAUUCACAAUCGGCCAUUUUUCACAUUUUCAUCGUCCAUGCUUUCAUUUGAAGGAUCAUGUCAUUUUUACCAUCACCAAGUUCAUCAUACCUAGGCUUCACUUUGUUGAAGCAGUUUGAUGCUUCUCCAUUCUGUCCUCUCGAAAGAGAGGUCAUUGCAUAUUCUGGUGUUGUAGAACGCCACCACAAUGGCAAGAGUCAUGAAGGCUGUACAUAUCUCGCUGUAUAUUAUCUGAAACUUUGCAUAGUCUGUGAUCUUUUCGUGUUGGACUUUGGUUUUCAUUUUGUUGUGCGCCAGCUUCUUUUCUAUCAUUUUGUUAAUUUUAGUUUCGUAGGCACGCACGCCGUUUCUUUUACUUCACCCUACUUUCAUUCUAUCCCUGGCAUGCUAUUUGUUUUUCUCUUUCUCUGUCAAUCUGUCUUGGUAAGAAAGAUUAACCAAAUCUGAUGAUAUACCUUUUGUGAUUAAUUCUAGGACCCCGUCCACAUUAACUUCCUUUUUAUAUGCCAUUGGCAUGUUCAUACACCCCAUCCAUCUGUUCCCUCACCCCAAACUGUCUCUGUCUGUCUCAGUCAUUCUCUGCCUUUGCCUGAUUACUUUGUUUAUCAAUCCACCCAUCUGUCUUCCGCUUUGCAUGCAUAAGCAUGAAGCAUGAACCUCACAGGCCUGCCACCUGUGCAGCCACCGCUUGGAAACAAAGAGCAGAAGAUCAUUUGUACACUCGCGAGUGAAACAGCUCAGGUCUCUUAACAGUGGAACAUUUUAUUAAAUGUUUGCUGCUAAUACAGGGACCAUGCGGCGUCCUUUGAGACCCACCGAUACCUGGAGACAGCUGUCACCGCUCUCAAUGCAGUGUUCGCCUCUUUCUCUGUUUGCAGUAAUGAAAUUGUUUGUUUGUAGGGUUUUUUUUAACCUAAUCUUGUGUGAUAGUACAACUGGUAGUCGAAUAUCGGUUGCUUAUAGAUCAGAAAUUUAUACUGGUAUUCUGUAGUUACCUGUUGUAAUCAUCUAAUACUUUUUUUGUGUGUGGAAACUUCUUUUUUUUUUUCUUUCUUUUUUUUUUUGUAGACUUGCACCAAAUAAGAAGUGUUUGUCAUCUUAAAAAAAAAAUGAUUUUAGAUUUCACAAUCUGUUAAGUAGCUAACACCUGACUAAGUAGCUCGUAGUGUUGAUCUCUGCUAUUUUUGUUGUGCUUGCACCGUCUUCUUCAGAAAGUUCGAAUGAUUUGUCACUCGUAACUUUCUGCCCUGUCCUAUGCUUGCUUGUUGACUAAUAUUGCACACCAUAUACCUACGCUUAUCUGCCGUGACUGCUUCAUUUAUAGCUUUCUCUCUUGCUCUAUGUUAUUCUGCCCAAAGAAAUCCUAACACUGUUUCAAAGAAAUUCUAACACUGUUGAAAAAAUUCAGUUAUUUAUUGUGCCCGACAUGGUCUUCCAUUUUUUUUUUUUUUUUAACCAAAAGUUCCCCCUGACCGAAUACAAAGCUGUGUAAAUUUCAGCUUUACAUUUACAGAGAUUUUUUUUUUUUUGACGAGGGCUGAAACGCCUGUAUGAAAAGUCAAAUUUUAAUGUGCUGACAUUUUGUUUGCCAACACUUUCCAAAAUGUGUCUGCAAACUUUCUGAGACGAUGGUCAUUGAUGACUGCAAUAAAGCAUUAUGACAUAAUGUUCUAUGGGGCAAGUACUUUCCCCCCUAGGUGGCUAUACAUAUUGUUCUGUCUAUCCAGACGAUCUAUUUAAACAAACUCUGUGGCUCAGGCAACUUUCUUCCUUUUUUCUUUGUUUAUCAUUAGUUACAUGCCAGUUUUUAUCUUAUUUUCUAUUCAUCAUUAUCAUUUUCAUCAUCGCCAUCGCCAUCAUUAUCACCACCAUUUACGACUGUACCUCGUGGAAUAAUACAUGUAUUACAAAUGAUAUGAAUAUUUUCUAUGAAACGAGCAUCUUGGAAGAAAAUAGUCUAAGAUUAUGAAAAGAAAAAUAAAUGAAAAUAAUACUACAAUAUU